AUGCGCGUGACACUACGCGACGUUGAGGUUUCUGUACGCUGCGAAGGCCGGGAACUCCCCAUCCACGGCUUAGAAUCGUCGGACGAAGCUGCUCUCACCGCAUAUAUCCCAAGCGAAAGCAAUAAGUCAUUCACCAUACUCGUCAAAAACUCCACAAGUAACGAUAUCUCUUGCCGUGUCUUUGCCGAUGGUCAACAAGUCCGCUCUCACGCCGUACGCCGCGGGGAUACAUUCCACUGUGAUGGUGCACGAGUCUCCGGUAGCGCCAUAGUACCUCUAAAGUUUGCAGACCUUCAACUAGUUGAUGAAGACAGUGAGGUGCCAACUGCAGCCGACUCCAACCAGAUUGGAGAAGUACGGGUCGUUUUCUGUCGUUUGGGACCAAAGACCGGGUUGCGAUCAGCUCCUUUUGGUAGUAAAGUUGCCCUCGGCAGUACAGCCGUUUCGGAAAGAAACAAGAAAGCUGGCGCUCACAGAGUCUCACUAGACUACGCUUCUCAAAGGACAAGAAAAUAUCAGGCGACAAAUCGUGACCGUAUCGAUCGUCUAGACGCGCCCUACGCUGUCUUCCGCUUCACUUAUAUGCCUGAAGCCUUACUCAGAGCCCGGGAUAUUAUUCCUCGUCGGGGUUCAACCGUCGGCGCGCCGCGUCCAAGUUCACGUCCUGGAAAACGUGCGCCAGAUGACGAUCACUCGGCACCGCCCAUCAAACGGGAGCGUCGUACUGAUGCAUUAGCGCAUGUGGGCGGUCGGUCCGUUGACAUCAAGCCGGAUGCUGGAGUGCUUGACUUGACGAACUUCGACGACGAACCCAUCAUGAAGGUCAAGCGCGAACGUGGUCCUGUUCCGCCGAUUGUCCCAGAGCACCGCGGCUCUGAAUAUGCUAUAUUUCCAAUCUGCUCUUCGUCUUCCGGCUCAUUAGCUUACAUGUAUCGCGAAUAG